UCAUACCAACCAGGUCCUGAAGAACUAACAAACAGAUGACCACGCAUCAGACUACAGAGGGGUUUUUAUUGCAUCCAGUCUGGAAUUAGCCCAAAGAUACUACUCAGAGUGGACAAUGAACAACACUGCUGAGUGCCAUGAUGAUCACACCCUGGAUAAGUAUUUGUUUCCACUUGUGUACAGCAUUGUGAUGAUCAUCAGUAUUCCCACCAACUGCAUAAGCCUUUAUGUAUCUUGCAUUCAGGUGAGGAAGAAGAAUGAGUUAGCAGUCUACAUCUUCAGCCUAUCCCUGGCUGACCUUUUGUACUCUCUAAUUCUGCCUAUGUGGAUUGAUUAUGCCUGGAAUGGAGAUAACUGGAGACUCUCUGCCUUGCUUUGCCAGAUUUCUGCCUUCCUUAUGUAUAUGAAUUUCUACACCGGUACUGCAUUCCUUGCUUGCAUCUCUGUUGACAGGUAUCUGGCAUUAGUUCACCCCUUAAAGCUCCAGCACUUGCGCACAAGAAGAUUUUCAUUGAUUGUCAGCAUAAUUGUUUGGCUUCUGGAAAGCACUUUCAAUUCAAUCAUAUUGGUAUACAAAGAAGUGUUCAAUGAUCCUUGCAAUUUCACUAAUCAUACAUUAUGCUAUGAUAAAUACCCCCUGGAAUGGUGGCAGGCACAGAUAAAUUUAUUCCGGAUAUGCUCAGGGUACCUGGUCCCUUUGGUAAUCAUUGUGUUUUGCUACCAUAAAAUCUACCAAGUAGUGAGGUGUAAUCAAGCCACAGUAGAUGAAGAAAAGAAAAAAGUAAGGAAACUUAUUCUGAAUAUCACAGUUACUUUUGUUGUUUGCUUUACUCCUUAUCAUGUUAUAUUGUUUAUUCGCAGCAUCAAAGAACCUUACACCACUGACCCACAGCUUUUGCAGUUAAUGUAUAAAGUUUACAGAAUCACACAGGCCUUAACAAGUUUGAAUUGCAUUGCUGAUCCCAUUCUUUACAGCUUUGUGAGUGAAACUGCACGAACAGACGUACUGAAUUUGCUCAGGUGUUGCUUGUGCUUACAAAAGCGUGAGGGAGACCAAGUGAAAGACCAUGCUCUGUGUAAUUCUGCUAUAAAGAGCAGUGAACUGAUCACCUCCAGAACUUUCUGUGAAAUGACGACUGUCAAAAAUGCCUGA